UCCUUCCCAAUCAAUCGAUCAGCCUGAGUUGACUCCCGAGUUAAGGGCGGGCUCGGCACGGGUCGGCAUUUUCAAUCGAAGUUCCAUUUUCUUAAUCGAUUACCUUCACCACCACAAAUAAUAGAAAAGAAAUCAAGAUCAGGGAGGUCUCCAAAUUCUUUGUUUCUUUUUUCCUCCUCACUGGACGCUUCAUCAAUUUCUAUUAGAUUGUGGCAUUUGGGUACGUGAUCUGGAAGCGAUCUUAUUUUGAAAAUUGUUGAUUGAGUUGGACCCGUUGGAGGGCGGAUUCGAUGGAUUCGACGUCGAAUCAAACCGAGUUUGAUUACUUGUUCAAAUUGUUGAUGAUUGGGGAUUCGGGGGUUGGGAAAAGUAGUCUGCUGUUGAGUUUCACUUCCGAUAGCUUCGAGGAUCUCUCACCUACAAUCGGCGUCGAUUUUAAGGUAAAGUAUGUUACUGCUGGGGGUAAGAAGCUGAAACUUGCAAUUUGGGAUACAGCUGGGCAGGAGAGAUUCAGAACAUUGACUAGUUCAUACUACAGAGGUGCCCAAGGGAUCAUUAUGGUUUAUGAUGUAACGCGGAGAGAGACAUUUACAAACCUGACUGAGGUAUGGGCGAGGGAAAUAGACCUAUAUUCAACAAAUCCAGAGUGCAUAAAGAUGCUUGUUGGAAACAAAGUUGAUAAGGAAAGUUAUAGAACAGUAACAAAGAAAGAGGGAAUUGAGCUGGCCAGGGAACACGGUUGUCUUUUUAUCGAAUGCAGUGCCAAAACUCGAGUCAAUGUACAACAGUGCUUUGAAGAACUUGUUCUAAAGAUUCUCGAGACGCCGAGCCUUUUAUCUGAAGGGUCUAAAGGAGUGAGAAAGAACAUCUUCAAGGAAAGGCCUCCACAGCUUGAUGCAUCCACAAGCAGUUGUUGCUGAAAUUUGAUUCAUUUGCUGGUUAUUUUCCCAAGUUAUUUGUAAAACUAUAGUAGAAAAGCAUGGUGUUACAGUUUUAUUAUAAUAUCUCUCACAAAUUCUGUUACAAAUUGAAGGGGGUCUUAUCUUCGUGCUGGCUUUC